AUGACCCCCCUGAACAAACCACAAUCCACCUCGCGAGCGUCUGAGUCGAACAACAAAAAGAAGAGAAAGCAAUCCAAUGACAAAGAGGGACACCUUGAGCAGUUGGAAGCUCGCCUGGCACGGAUUGAAUCUCUCACACGAAACCUUAGUGGGGACUCAUCAUCUGGACAACCCCAACGGAAUCAUAUCAAUCCAUCCAUUGGUGAUGGAAACUACAUGACACCGGGGAGUAACGGUUCGAUUAAUGGCACUGGUGCAGUAGUCGAGACUGAUUCCUCGCCGCACAAUUCGUCACACACGUCUUGCAAUAAUGCGUCCCAAUUGCAGCUACCGUCCCUAGAAACCAUGAUGCCUACGUUGGAGUUGUAUUUUAGGCAUUACAAUUCUGCUAUUCCCCUGUUCGAUGAAAAGGAGUUCAUGCGGAUGGUUCACGGAUGGAGCUAUCUACGCUCGCCUGCUGAGUGGGCUGCCAUCAAUGUCGUCCUUGCCCUCGGCUACCGCGUGAUCGAGAGCCGGCCGAUGGAAUGCCCAGAAGUGGCCAUAUGUUUCGCAAAUAUUCGGUCCAUACUUAUGGAGAUGAUGAUGCGAACGGAGGACUUCUUAGGGUUGCAAGUUCUGUUGGGCACGGUGCUCCUUUAUCAAGGAACCUCUCGGUCCCUACAACACAAGGACACCCCUAUGCUGAUGGGCGCUGCGGCAAGGUUGGUGGAAAUUCUGCGAUUGAACUCGAGGUCGGAAACGAAAGGCGCUCCUCACACAGUCGCCUUGCACCGUAGUAGGCUGUUUUGGAUAGCCUACAUCCUUGACAAGGACUCUGCGGCUCAUUUCGGCGUUUCUCCAAUACUACUUGAUUCUGGAACAGAUCAUGUUCCCCCAUCUCCGAAUCCCAGCGAUGGAGUUGGCAAUAUCACUACCUUAGAUGGCACUACGUCGUUGAACUUUCUUCAUCAUCGUGUGCAGCUUGCGCACAUUGAGGCGCUAGCAUACGAUUGGCUUCAUAAGGAGAACAGUUCAAUGAUUGCAAGACUGAGAGGCAUAAUCCCUCAUUUCCCCCAAAUGAGUACUGAACACUUGAACUCCAUUUCUGACCAUAGGAAUUCCCUCCCUUCAGGAUGGGACGAGUGUUUGGAGUACAGUCGGAAUGCACUCCAUCUGUCUACACUCAUCGGACAAUCUGACUACUAUCUCUGUAAGCUGACUGUUCUCAAGGCAUGA